AUGUUUUCUCUGCUCGCCUCUACCCCCAUCGCCCAGAUGCUGACGCGUCGAGACAGACCUCCGGCUUCAAUGCCUCUCAAGGAGGAGAGCCCCGCCGACACGGGCAUUUCAGAUGUUCCCGUCUUCACCGAGACCCACGAGUCGACCGCCAAGUCUACACCCGCCUCGACUUUCUCUAAUGCCUCCCAGCCGGCCAAGCCUGAGGGCGAUGAGAUCGUGAUGGCGCUCUCUGCGGCCGGCGCCACCAUCGCGUCUGUCACCAUCCUCUCGGACGACAUGCCCGCAACGCCUUUUUCCCUCGCUGCAACGUCGCGUCUCUGCUCUCCCCAGCUGUCUGGCAUCAGCGAACUCGACAAAGACGCCACCACCGACUGCGUUGCCACUGCCGAUGUCGAACCGACCCAUUUGCCCGCUGUUACCACUCCGUCCACAGACGAGCUCUCGAGCAGCAACAGCAGCAACGAUGUCCCACAAUCCCUCGCCACUCCUCCCUCGCCACGGUCCUCUACUCCCGUGCAUGUGGCCGGCCCAGCCGAAGCCGAAGCGAUCGUCGAAGCAGAGAUGAUGCCUGAGGUGUACCUGGAGCAGGAAGGCCCCAUCAUCGUGGAGGAAGCGUCUGCCGAACGGACAGGGCUCGUGGAGGCCCAGGACUGCACCGCUACCGUCAGCGUCGCCGAGACCAUGGAUAUUUCCACAAACGAGGCACCUGCCCGCCAAAGUCACCGGUUAUCAGUCCGCCAGUCAUCUAGCGCAGCCGCCUCACAGCCACAGCCACAGCCGUCAUCUGCGACAGAAACGAGCCUUAGCCCUAUGCAACGACCGCGGAGAGCAGUAAGGACAGCUACGAGUCCCGCUGCCAAAGCUUCCCCGAGCGCCGCAGCAAAGCCGAAAACGUCAAAUGCAAAGGCGAAUGUGCAGUCUCCUGUUGAAAGGCGUGCCACCCGCCUGUCCGGCACAGCUGUUUCCCUGCUUCCAAAUCCCAGCUCAGCAUCUUCGUUGGGCAAACGGGGGCGCCGUCUCGAAGCCAAAAAAGCCAACAUCCCUCGCGAGCUUCGCCGUCUGGAAGACACAAAGGAGUUUUCCCAUGUCGACGAGAAGCCGGUUGUCUACACCGUUUGGAGCAACGGCAAGUAUGUGCCCGCAAAUGCAGCAGGAGAGCCGUUGAUCGACAAGAAGGCCACUGAUAAGACGGCCACCCUGGGAAACAAGGCGAUUUCUUCUCUCGACGAUGAGGACGCAAGAGGCGACUCGCCACGCAAACGAGCCAAGCUGGGCAGACUGGGUCCUGGCGCCGUUGGCGCAGAGGAAGACGACGACCAGCAGGGCUUCUUCAAACCGACACCAAGGCGGGUGAAGAAGUGGCUGGACAAGGGUCUUUAUGCUGGCCAGCCCGUGCCUGGCGAUCCCUCAGUGGGCUUGACUGCUACCGAGAAGAAGGCACUGGCAACGCUUCCCGAGCUCACAAAGACGUACCCUAGGAACGAGACAUUACCAAUGCCAAUCUUCACCGGGAUGCGGCUCCUGGUCCAUGGCCGAGACUUUAAGAUGCCGUUUGACGUUUUUAAUCCGCUGCCACCCGGCCAGCCGAAGCCUGUCAAGUAUGGCAGGUUCAGCAAGAACCGAUUUGUCGGCGAUGCUCACGCCAUCUGGCGGAAGAACCCCGACUUUGACGACUUCUCGUCCAAGUGUGUUUGCAAGCCGGAGACGGGCUGUGACGAGGACUGCCAGAACCGGAUCAUGCUUUACGAAUGUGACGACAUGAACUGCAACGUGGGCCCGGAGCGGUGCCAUAACCGCGAGUUUCAGCGCUUGGCCGAGCGCACCGCCUCCAAAAACCCAUAUCACGUUGGCGUUGAAGUUUUCAAGACGCCUGACCGCGGCCAUGGGAUUCGCGCCAGCCGGAGCUUCAAGCCAAGCCAGAUCAUCAUGGAGUACAUUGGCGAGAUCAUCACGGAGGAGGAGUCUGACCGGCGAAUGAAUGAGCUGUACAAGAACAAUGCGUGCUACUAUCUCAUGUCCUUUGACCAGUCUCUCAUCAUUGAUGGCACCAGCGGUAGUAUCGCUCGUUUUGUCAAUCACUCGUGCUCGCCCAACUGCCGCAUGAUCAAGUGGAUUGUGUCUGGACAGCCACGGAUUGCCUUGUUUGCCGGGGAUCGUCCGAUCAUGACAGGAGAGGAGCUGACAUACGACUACAACUUUGAUCCGUACUCGUCGAAAAAUGUCCAGACGUGCCUCUGCGGCAGCGAGAACUGCCGUGGCAUUCUGGGGCCUCGCAAACGGGACAAGGCGGCUACGAAGGCAGCGGCAGAAAAGGCAGCGGCCGAGAAGGCGGCGUCGGCAUUGGCCAAGAGCAAGGGCGGCAAGGGGAAGAAUGCUAAGAAAGCAGGCACCAUGCUAGGAAAGCGGAAAUUGGAUGCGUACAACAACGGCAAGGAGGAGGAGAGUGUCGGCAGUCCGGCAGCAAAAAGGGCCAACGUCAUGGUUCCUUCUAAGAGAGGACCCGGGCGGCCUCGAACUCCGGAGAAGAAGACAAAGUCGGCUGCCAAGGUGACGACGACAAAGGCAGCACUAGCCGCGUUAGCAGCCAAAGCGACAAGGGAUGCCAGAGCAGCGAAGGCCACCAAAGUAGCAAAAGCAAAGGCAGCCGAGCCAGGCUCGGCUGUCAAGACAGCGAAAGCAGGCGGUACAGGGAAGACGAAGAAGCCGGUGAAGACGGUCAAAGCGGCAAAGGGAGUGAAAGUCACCAAGACAGCGCGGGGCUUCAAAGCAGCAAAGACGAUCAAGACGAAGACGAUGGUUACGACGACGAAGACAACGACAAAAAAGACGACGGCAUCAGCGUUGACGUUGGCAGAACCAAUCGAUGGCGCUGUGACACGGAAGCACAAGGCCACAGAUGAAGCAGUGCCGGCAGCCAGUACAGCAAAUGGAGGAAAAGCAGGGCCCGUACGAAAGCCGAAAGGCACGAAUGCGGAAGAGGAUGUGAAUAGUGCGGCUACGGAGGCGGCGAAUGCCGAGACAGCAUUGCGGACGACUCCUAUGGCGAGAGCGCUGGCAAAGGCUGCAAAGGACGCAGCCAAGGCAGCCAAGGCGGUAGGCAAGACCAAAGCGAAACCGUCAGUCGGUAAGCGGGCGACAACAAUGGCAGCAGCAGCAGCUUCGAAGCGGGCCGACAAAGCCAAGAUGCCGGCAAAGGCUGUCAAGCCGACGACAGCGAAAGUGGACAGACCAGCGGGCAAGGCAAAGACAACGGAGCAGACAUCAGGCAGGCCGUCGUCGGACGAAGCCGCAGCCGAGACUGAAACGGGCACAGAGGUGGCUGAGACGGCCAAAGAAGGCGGCCCUCCAAAGCUGGUGCAACAGAAACUAGACUUUCCUACGAUAGGAUCUUCGCCCCGGCGAAAGCCCGGACGACCGCCAUCUGCAAAGACGCUGAAGGCGAAGAGCAUGGGCGCAGGGAUAGGCACAGUGAGGCCGCAGGUUGGCGAGGUGUCCGGGCCAGUCAAUGUGAAGAGGCCGGUUGGACGGCCACGAGGAUCGAAGAAGGCCGUGAAGCCACAGCAGGCGCUGCGGCCGACAUCACCAUCGCUGCCGUCUCCGGCCAGCAACAAGGAGACGGAGCAGGGCGAAAAGGUUGGCGCGACCGGCAGCGAGAUUAUGCAGGAGGUGUCUGAUGUGGUUCAGGGGACUGCAGAAGACGUUAUCCACGUUGCUUCUAGUGUCUUCAAUGCUGCGGCAUAG